GGUUUUAAAAAACGCCGCGAGGGUAAUCGACAGAGCGGGUCCUUGGAACCGAGGCGGCGCCGGGGCCGGCCGAGCAGUCUACUGGUCCUGGGCUCCCGCAGACGCCAGCCUAGGUCCCCGGACCCCAAAGGCCGAGAAGGAGCCGCAGGGCCACCACGCCUGGCGCCCGCCAUGGGCCCGCGCCGCAAGCCCGAAGUCCCGAAGAGGCGCCCCGCGAGCCCGGCCCCCAGCGCCCCCCGGCGGGGCCCCUCCUUAGGCACUUCUUCCCGUCACCCUGGUUCCCGAAAACGUCUAGUUAUGAAGGAGAUCCGAAAGCUUCAGAAGAGUACAAACCUGUUGUUAAGGAAGAACCCCUUCAGCCGCCUGGUGAGAGAGAUAUGUGUUAAAUUCACACGCGGUGUGGACUUCUAUUGGCAAGCCCAGGCCCUGUUGGCCCUGCAAGAGGCUGCAGAAGCAUUUCUAGUUCAUCUCUUUGAGGACGCCUAUCUUCUCUCCUUACAUGCUGGCCGUGUUACUCUCUUCCCGAAGGAUGUACAGCUGGCCAGGAGGAUCCGAGGCAUUCAGGAAGGGCUUGGCUGAACCCUGGCCCCAUCUCUGGAUGACGCCAGGGACACUGUCCAGAGCCAGGAACAGACCCGUGGAGCCCAAGGAGGUGCCCGGACUGGCCGUCUCUGAGCAGUGUGCAUGUUACUUGUGUAAUUGGUUUAUUUAAGAAGGAGAAGACUGCAUGGCUUUCCUCUGUAACAGAGGUAAUACAUGAGAAAAUCAGCGUCAUUCCAGAGAACUAAGUCUCCAAGGUUCACUUCAUAAUGCAAAUUAGUCACAUGACUGCGGAAUCAUUUUGAAGUUAUCAGAUUUUCUGGGCUAUGGGAAAAAAGGAUAUUGUUUUAUUAUUCGAGAUCUUCAUGUACCUUUUAAAUUUUUUUACCAUAUGUAUAUUUUCUGUAAAAUACCAGGGAACAAAACAAAACGCGACCCCUUCUGUCAGCUGCAUGGAGGAGCCUGGCACAUCCCAGGCACAAAUCCCUGUCCCUCUGUUAACCUCCUCAUGAGUGGUGGCAGCAAGUGAUGUGUGGGACCUGCUUGUCAACACACGUGUAGCUUUUUAAAAACUCAGUUGGGGUUAAAAUAGAAAAUCUUUAAGUCCUGGUGUUCUGGUUCCUUUGAGUAAAUUCCUGUCAAAGUCAUUCAGAAAUUCUAGCUUGUAGAACUUAUUUAUAAAUCAUAGAAGACGUAUCAUGAUUUAUACUUUAGAAUUUUUCAUUCUGGGGUUUUAGAGUGCCUUUUCAAAGUUUUUACAGGUGUUUUUUAGAACUUCUUUGUGGAGCGAUAAUAAAAAUAAGAAUAAUUCUUUAAUGAAAAAACUGUAAAGCAAAAUUACAGUUAGCGCGUAUAGAGAUACUACAUUUUUGUGUGUGUGUUAAUGUUGAGUUCUCCAUCUGUACGCUGUUUUCCAAGCGGCCACCAUUCAAACAAGAGAAUGGCGGGGUGUGUUUGGGCUCCCAUGGAGUAGAGUGUGAGCUGAUAAAAACCUUGCCUCCUGUUCCAACCAAAAGCAGUUAAAGUGUUUUCCAGAGAAACGGAAAGUGCCACUGAAAGACUUUCAGACUUUGCAUGUGAUGGAAGUCACUUCUGACAGUGAUACCUCAGGCAACCACAUUCUGAGACAAACUGAAAGGAAGGACCAAGUUCUGUUGUUGAAUAAAUUUUAACCCUUUGGAAAAACCUCUUCCUGUUCCAUAACAAGUCCUAUUUAUACAGACAUCAAAUAAACUAUAUUUACUUUA